GUCUGCUGAUAGUGUAGGCGCGCCAUUGUUUCACCACCAAUUAUGACUCUGUAUAACACUGAAGCAAAACAUUGUGGGCACCAUUGGAAAAUGUACUUGGUCUACCUGAUCAACUUGUUUUUGCACUUUGGUGUCCUUGCUCAAUCUUCCAUGACAGUAGAUCCUGCUACUGCUAAGUUAGGUGAAGAUGCAAUGAUGGUGUAUACUUUCACACCAGCAACAGGAGAAUCCCUUGAUUAUGUGUCUUGGUUCAAAAGUGAUGCAGCUGGUCGUGAAGGGAACGUUAUUAUAACUAAUAGGCCUAGGUCCGGAACCACAGAACUCAAUGGUAGAUACAGCUUAAGUGAUAAUGGAAGCCUAAUUAUACGUAACGUUGUAGUAGAGAAUGCAGGUUACUACUUGUGCCGAGCAACUACUUCACCUUAUGGUGAGACUGCAGACGGUUUCUCAAAUUUAACAGUCUACUACCUUGAGACACCAAUGUUGUCACCAACAGAGAUAUAUGUUAAUGGAAAGAAAAGUACAACAUUCACAUGCCCUUUUCCUGAUGGUGUUCCAACACCUAUCACCAUCACAUGGAUCAAAGAUGACAGCGUACUUGAUGUGUCUGAUACUGAGAAGUAUCCACAGUCAGAUACAACAUUAGAGAUCAGCAGAGUCAAUAAAAUGGAUGAAGGGGACUACCAAUGUCGAGCAGAGAAUGCAGCUUACAAUAAGGAUGAAGGAAAACUAAGUAAUAUAGGAACACUGUCAUUGUUUGCUUCUCCAUCAACGACAUCCAUAGGCAGUUCGUUCUCUGUAGUACCAUCAUUAACAUCCAUAGCAAGUAUUUCAGCCACUGUACCACAGGAAUGUUCAGGUUCAAAUACUGGUCUUCUUGUUGGAUUGACGUUUCUAAGUUUCUUUUUGGGAGUCCUUUUAUCUUCAUCUAUAUCUGUCGUCCUCGGAAAGAUCAGAAAUCCAAAGGCACAGGUAACCAAAGGAACAUCCAGACAUUACGAAGAACCGGCGGAACUCCUAGCAACGCCCAGAGAUAAACAAGCAUUGGCUUAUAUGGCAUAUAAACGUGAUUCGAGUGCAGAGGAAAAGACAUAUGAAGAUCUAGAGUGGAAUGAUGACAACCCAGUUGCUUAUAUAAACGUCAAAGCAAACAAAGAGAAUACUUAAAAUUACUAAUUUAAAUGUAGCACCAAAUUAAGUAGACUAGACUGGUUAGUAAACGUAAAAAUACAAAGAUUAUGAUGGUCGUCGAUAAACUAUUGGACUCUAUGACGGAAAUGUAUUUUACAGAAGGAAACGAUACACAUAAUAACGUAGUUAUGUAGACCUAGAUUUUAGCUCAGGUAGAUGGCGACCGAAACCAUUAUGCUUGCCUAAGAAACAUUUUUUUACUCAUAUGAACUUGACCGAGUAGUGCUUGUAGCACAGAUAAUUGUCAAUACUUAAAGACAGAAAUAUGAUGUAUAAAAAACGAUGUUUAAACCGAAUCCGAAGAUGACAGCAAUUGAACACUCUAAUAUAAUCACUGAUUUACAUUUGAAAUGCAUAUGAAAUUGUAUAAUCCUGUUGUUGUUGUUUAACGGAUUUUGGAUAUUAGUUUUCCUUUUUGCUGAUUUUGUGAUUUUUAUGCUUAAUGUUGCUGAGAAACUUCAUCAUGUUUUCUAGAAGUGAAAUUUCUCUUUUAAAAUGGUGUACAUUUAUGAGCCUUUGCAUGUUAUGUUGUCAAAGAUUAUGUUCGAGAUGUUCGUGAAAGAGGCACUAAAACCCACAGCUGUGAGUUUCAUUUCAACAUUUCAUAGUUGCAUAUUGCUAGGUACCCUGUAUAUUAACAUUUCUUUUAAAAGACAUACACCUAUUUUUUUUUUAUUUAUUUGUUACUGAAAACUACCAUGCUAGAUAGUCGAAAUCGACUCAAUACAACUUCAUAUUCCUCAAAUGUGCUGGGCUUCAAGGGACCACAACCAUGUGGGACCCCAACCAGGGGCUCUGCCCCUGUACCCCUCGGCCCUAGACGGCCCCUUGGCCCCCGGCCUAAGGCUGCUCGCUUCGCUCGCAGAUUGCACUCCCUCUUUUCUGGCAGGCUGGAUCCGCCCCUGGCUCAAAAAUAGUUUUCAUUCAGUUUUUGAUUUAAUAACCAAAAUAGCAAUACAGUACUUAAUAGAGCAAGAGGUAAUUAGAGCAAAACAUAAGUAACAGAUCACUUAUUAUCAGUAAUUAUAAUUACCAUCAUUGAUAAGAUAUUUUUAUUUUAUUUUAUUUAUUUGGCAUCCCACAGAAAACUAACAGCAUUUUAAAAACAUCAUUAUGUCAAUAAGUCAAGAGAAUUUUACUUCAAAAGUAAUGGAUCAAAGAAUUAUCAUACAUAGGGGACCUAUAUCUUUGUUUUAAUCAUAAGAGCAAACAAACAAAUAUACUCCUACAUGCAAAUACCUGUUAGAACAAUGAUUUAUGUCACUAGCUCCUUCCCGUUUGCGAUACCUUACUAGAAGAAAUUGCCACAAAACGAUACCACAGAUUUUAAAAGCUUCAAAAUUCAUUUCUGGUAGGUCUUCAAACUGUCAAACGGGAAGGGGGGGGGGGGAGUGUGGGGUCAGGUCAAUAAAUCUCUGAUGUGAUGAAGGUGUCUGUGUUUUUUUUUUCGGAGUAUGACAAAUUCAGAUCCGGAUCCAGGACCACAUACAUUUUUAUUGAAGUAAACUUACCCAUUAUUUAUUUGUAUAUUUAUGUAAUAAUGUAUGUACUAUAUAUUUUCUUCGAAAUGAUUUUUUUGAUAAAUUUUAUUUAUUCUUUUGCUUUGAAAUGGUAUAUUUGAUAUUUUUUAAGUUGAAAAAGUAAUAAUUUUGCCCUUUAUAUAGAAUUAUGCAAUUGUUUUACGUUUAAAGGGGCUGGACUUGAUUAGUGUUUACACAAUUUUUUAGCUCCUUCCUAUGUUGGUUUAUGUAUUUAUUUGAAUUUUAUAUUACUUAUACUUAUUUGAAAAUAAAGUUGAAGUAGAAGAAUUACAAAAUAUAAUGAAAAAACAUUUUCAAACGAGAAGCCAAGAGGCAGAGAAAAAUACUCCAUUAUCAUCUGACUUAGGCCUAGUCCUUAAUAAUAGAUAACAGACUGAGUCAUCUUCCAGGGACCGGUAUAUAAAAUUCGUUUUCAAUUCUCGAUGUUUGACAAGAUUUGCCAUACUUUUUUAAAAUUUUGCAAGGUGACUUAUUCUAACUUUUAAUAGUGGAAUUAAAAAUGUUGAAUAAGCUAUUAAUUUAAAUUAUUGAAUGAUCAAUUUAUUGAUUGGAUUUGAUUCAUCGGCAUAGCCCACACUGAGUUUCAACUAGCUAUCAAAGAAGUCCUACACAUAAAAUUGGAGAAUUCGGUGGUAGGGGUGGCGAAAAUGGGGCCGAUGAAGAUAAUACAACCGUAGGGGAUCCGGGGGCAUGUCCCCACUAAAUUGCUGUGUUCUAGUUCUCCGAAAUAAAGAGGCUUUUGGGGCAAUCUUUUUUCUUCUUUUACUUUCUGUCUUCUUUUUUCUUUUUCUUUUUUAUACCUUCAGAAGAAGGGAGGGCCGGGAGUGGACGGGGCCGGGCCCUUGCACUUACAUCCGCCCUGACAUACGUUGAGAGCAGCGUUUUCUGUUUAUUUCUUCCUUUUUUGUUGAAUUGAUAAUGGUUAAUGUUUUAACCGAAACAUGUCUUCAAAAUUAAAAGUUACUGCUAUAGUUAUACGCUGUCUGGCAUUGUUUAUUUGGGAUCGUCGUUU